GAGAAAAUACAAGAUGCAGAAAGGUUGGCAACUUCUGCCCAGGAAUGCUUUGAAGCUGACCAAUCUGAUUUCAACAGGGCCAACUAUAAUAAGGCUAAAGCUGAGCUCAUUAUGGCUACUGACAAUGAGUUCAACUUCUGGAAACAGAAAGCUAACUUAAAGUGGAUGGAGGAGGGUGACUCUAACACUAAAUUCUUUCAUGCCUAUGUCAAAGGAAAAAGAACCAAGUCCAUGAUCAGAGUUAUUGAAGAUUCUAAUG